AUGGCGAUGCAAGAGGAAUGGCCAGGUGAGGAGCCGCCGUGGGCGGAGUGGCCGGCCAGCGAGGCCGACCCUUCCAAUGCGCUGAAGGAAGAGGCAGCAGACAGCGAGAUGCAAGGUCUGGAGGAGCCUUUGGCCGUGGUGAAUCCUGAAGCCUUGCUGGAGGAAGAUGAGGAGGUAGACGUCGACUGCGAAAAGUUCGACCCCGACGAGAAGCCAGAGGAUGUACAGGAUGCAAUGGCUAUUGCUUGCAUGGGUGUCGUUGAGUCCUUCAGGGGGAGUCUUCCCGAAUUGACCUGCUGCCGCGAGAUCCUGUGA